CGUGACCCAAGCAAGUGGUGCGGAGACCAGCUCUGUCCUGGAAGAUGGGGCGGGGAGUCCCCUCUCGAGGGUGCCGGAUCCCUGACGCUCACCUCAUCAGAUCCAUAAAUCUGGCUUCACAAAGUGAGAAGCCCCGGGUGGGGAGAGGCCAGCAUCAGCGAGGUCUCACUCACGUCCACACCCGAAGGCUUCCUCGCCCCUCCCCUCCCGGCCCGCAGGUGUGCACCCUGUCCCACAGAUAGUGCAUGCUCCCCAGGCUCAUGUGUGCACACAGCCCCGUGUGUGCCCUCCCUGGGCUCAUGUGUGCCAUCCCUGGGCUCGUGUGCACACAGCCCCGUGUGCCCUCCCUGGGCUCAUGUGUGCCCUCCCUGGGCUCGUGUGCACACAGCCCCGUGUGCCCUCCCCGAGCUCAUGUGUGCCAUCCCUGGGCUCGCGUGCACAUAGCCCCAUGUGUGCCCUCCCUGGGCUCGUGUGUGCCAUCCACGGGCUUGUGUGCACACAGCCCCAUGUGUGCCCUCCCCAGGCUCAUGUGUGCCAUCCCUGGGCUCGUGUGCACACAGCCCCGUGUGUGCCCUCCCUGGGCUCGUGUGUGCCAUCCCUGGGCUCGUGUGCACACAGCCCCGUGUGCACCAUCCCCGAGUUCAUGUGUGCCAUCCCUGGGCUCGCAUGCACACAGCCCCGUGUGUGCCCUCCCUGGGCUCAUGUGUGCCAUCCACGGGCUUGUGUGCACACAGCCCCAUGUGUGCCCUCCCCAGGCUCAUGUGUGCCAUCCCUGGGCUCGUGUGCACACAGACCCACUGUGUGUGCCCUCCCUGGGCUCAUGUGUGCCAUCCCUGGGCUCAUGUGCACACAGCCCUGUGUGUGCCCUCCCCGAGCUCAUGUGUGCCACCCCUGGGCUCACGUGCACACAGCCCCAUGUGUGCCCUCCCUGGGCUCGUGUACACAGAGCCCCGUGUGCCCUCCCCAGGCUCAUGUGUGCCAUCCCUGGGCUCGCGUGCACACAGCCCCAUGUGUGCCCUCCCUGGGCUCAUGUGUGCCAUCCCUGGGCUCGUGUGCACACAGCCCCGUGUGCCCUCCCUGGGCUCAUGUGUGCCAUCCCUGGGCUCGUGUGCACACAGCCCCGUGUGUACCCUCCCUGAGUUCGUGUGUGCACACAGCCCUCCCAUUUGUGCCCUUUCUGGGCUCAUGUGCACACAGCUCCAAUGUGUGUGCCCUUGUCUGGCUGCUUUUAUGCAGUAGAGUGUUUCAAGGUCCCUCCGAGGUGUGGCCUGCACACCGUCCACCCUUCCAUGCCUGAUUCCAGUUCCGUUGUCUCUGGCCUUUCCUGUUGAUUCUUCGAUGUGUGCAUGCCCCUCCCCUCCCUCAGGGAAGAGCUGAGCCUCUGAAGUCCCCCUCCCUUAGUGUCCCAGGCUGGCCUGCAGCCACACCCUUCCUCCAGGGGGUGUCUAAGUCCCGGUACCUUGGGCUCCAGGGCCACUCAGAUCCUCGGGGGGUCUCGGUGCCUUGCCACUGAGGUGCUGGGUGGGUGCAGGCAGACUCAGGAGGUCCUUCAGUGGCCCCACGCAUCCCCGUCCCUGUCCAGAUAGUGUCCCAAGAAGAAUGCAGCACUGUGGAAACCCGGGCGGGUCCCGUCUCCUGGGCACACCUUCCCUGCCCAGGGCUGCCCCUUCUCACCACCGCCACCUCGGGGGGCUGGCUGCCAUCACUGAGCAAUACGAAGAGGUCCCCGUGGAGCUCUGGCUCCCCUGAUGACCCGGUUCUCCCAGAGGGGAGGAGGAAUCCUGACCCCCGUGGUCUGACACCGUCCAGCGUCUGACCUCAUGGAGACAAGCAUUGGGGAAGUUGCUUCUGCGGCCCAGCAUGGCUGUGUUGUGUGCCCCUCAGCAUGCACACAAGCCCAGCGGGCGGGUGGGCCCGGCCCUCCUCACACAGGUGAAAGCUCUGCUGGCCUAUUUCCUCCCGCCCUGGAGCUUGCAUCUUCUCCCAGGGAACCUGCCUCUGUUACUGGAGCCAAACUAGAAAGCGUACCCAGUGGGGUUUCCGGGGGCUCACUGCUUUGGAGGUCACCUUGGGGGUUGAAAAUGGCCCCUAAGUGUGCUUCCUUCUUUCUCUUGGAGGCUCUCAGCAUGUGUCUGUCGAGCAGAUAGAGCAGAGGGCCCCAUGCUGCCUUCCCCUCCCUGUGCCCUGCAGCACUACGUCUUGUCCUGAGGUGGGAUUCGUGCCAAUGGACGGUGGAUGCUGCGUUGUUCAUAACUGAAGCCCCUAGUUCACUGAGGGUCCAGUCGUUGGGUUCUGCAGUUCUGUUGUUCAGUUACCCAGUCAUGUCCGACUCUUUGCGUCCCCAUGGACUGUAGCACGCCAGGCUUCCCUGUCCAUUACCAA